UGGUACUCUUCUUUUCUUGUGCCUCUGAAAACACAGUCGCACGAAGAACACAACACCAAUAAAACGUAUUUCAUUCGUCCCCCCACUCUCUCUCUCUACAUCUAACUCUCUCUCUCUUCUUUUUGGAGUUGUGACAUAUGGAGGCGGUGAUGGGUCAAUCUCAAUCAGCGACACAACCAUCGUCUUCAACGCCACCGCCACCGCCACCUCUAGCAGUUGAAGACGAAGAAGAGCAAGAAUCUAACAACGAAGACGAAAGAUUGAUAACGAAGGCACAGACACUCAUGGAUAAGAUCACUUCAUCUCCGGAUAACUGUAACCCCAAUGUCCUUCAUGCCCUAGCCUCCAUCCUCGAAACCCAAGAAUCAAGAUACAUGGAAGAGACGGGGCAUUCCUCCUUGAAUAAUAGCCGGUCUUCUCAUAACAUCGGGCGGUUAGGGAACUUGGUUCGGGAGAAUGAUGAUUUUUUCGAAUUGAUAUCCUCGAAGUUUCUGUCUGAAACUAGAUACCCAGUAUCAGUCCAGGCUGCUGCUGUAAGGCUUCUUUUUAGUUGUUCACUUACUUGGAUGUAUCCCCAUGUUUUUGAAGAAACUGUUUUGGAGAACAUAAAACGCUGGGUGAUGGAUGAGGCAGCCAGAUCUUCUGGUGAAGAUCACAACUGGAAGCAUGAACAGGGAAGAAAGAGAUCAUCAGACCAUGAUAUGUUGAGGACCUAUUCUACUGGGCUUCUUGCUGUGUGUUUGGCCGGUGGUAAUCAAGUAGUGGAAGAUGUAUUAACAUCUGGAUUGUCAGCCAAGCUCAUGCGAUAUCUUCGUGUCCGAGCUCUAGGAGAGACGAGCACAAAUCAAAAAGAUGCUAAUUAUUAUGCAGAGAGCAAAAACGCCUCUGCUGCUACUUGCACAAGAGGUAGAGAAGAAGGUAGAGGCAGGUUUCGGCAAGUUAUGGAAGCUUCUCAUGCGGAUGUUCCUAGGAUAAUAGAGGAUGGAUCUUUAGAUGAUCAAUGCGCUGAAAGAGACCAUGACAGAAGCAUUAGUAGGCAAGCACGUGGGGAUGAAUGCUGGGCUGAUGGUAGUGAACCGCCUGAUGGUAUUGAUGAAGGUGUUGAUAUAUCUGAGGCAAAUGCAGAUGGCGAGGACAGAUGGCAUGAUCAAGAUUUUCAUGAUGGAAGGACAAAGUUUGGUGAUAAAAAUUGUCCCACCAGAUCUGUACGGGAUGAAGACUUUGCUGAGAGUGUCAGAGAUGAUUCCUUAAGGCGCAGGGCAAACCGUGGCUUGGCAAGAUUAAGAGGAAAGGGAAGGGUCAGUGAAGGUGUUGUAGAGAAUGAACAGGCUUUGGCCUCUCCAGGGUCUGGAAAUAGAUUAGGAGGACAGGGGCGGAGCAUCAAGGAGAGGAGUCUGAUUAGAAAUCUAGAUGCGAAAAAACUACCGGAUGCCAAAAAGGGUUUGGGGAGGAUCAGUUCUGAUGGUUUUGCCAUGGAGAGAGAGGAUAAUGAUGAGUGCUUCCAAGAAUGCAACGUUGGCACCAAAGAUAUCUCUGAUCUGGUAAAGAAAGCAGUCAGAGCUGCUGAAGCUGAAGCCCAAGCAGCCAAUGCACCUGCAGAAGCGAUCAAAGCAGCUGGUGACGCUGCUGCUGAAGUUGUCAAAACUGCUGCUUUGGAGGAAUAUAAAAAAUCGAAUGAUGAAGAAGCUGCAGUUUUGGCUGCUUCGACAGCUGCAUCUACUGUAGUUGAUGCUGCUAAUGCAAUUGAAGUUUCAAGGGCUUCGGGUUCUGUUGCUGCCGAUUCAAUGAAUUUAGUGGGCACAGAACCAGAAACUAGUGAAGAAGCUGAAGAAUUCUUCAUUCUGGAUAGUGAUUCCCUUGCAAAGCUGAGAGAAAAAUUCUGCAUUCAGUGUCUUGUGAUACUAGGAGAAUAUGUUGAAGUUCUUGGACCUGUACUGCAUGAAAAGGGGGUUGAUGUCUGUCUUGCUCUGUUGCAAAGAAGUUCCAAACAUAAAGAGGCGUCAAAGAUUGCAGCACUCUUGCCUGAUGUGCUGAAGCUGAUUUGUACUCUGGCUGCUCAUCGGAAAUUUGCUGCAGUAUUUGUGGAUCGUGGUGGCAUACAAAAACUGCUUGCCGUACCAAGAGUUACUCAGACAUUCUUUGGUCUUUCUUCCUGUUUAUUUACUAUUGGUUCGCUUCAGGGGAUAAUGGAACGUGUAUGUGCUCUUCCUUCAGAUGUUGUCCACCAGGUGGUUGAGUUAGCUCUUCAACUUCUUGAGUGCCCCCAGGAUCAAGCCCGAAAAAAUGCAGCUUUAUUUUUAUCUAAUGCAUUUGUCUUCAGAGCAGUCCUUGAAUCUUUUGAUGCUCAGGAAGGUUUACAAAAAUUACUGAGUCUUUUACAUGAUGCUGCCUCAGUAAGAUCUGGGGUUAAUUCUGGGGCACUUAGACCAUCUGGUGCAGUACCACUUCGAAAUGAUCGAUCUCCUGCAGAAGUAUUGACCUCAUCGGAGAAGCAGAUAGCUUAUCAUACCUGUGUUGCAUUGCGACAAUAUUUCAGAGCACAUCUUCUCUUGCUUGUGGAUUCAAUUCGUCCAAAUAAAAACACUCGAAGUGCAGUCAGGAAUAUUACAAGUGCCAGGGCAGCCUACAAGCCACUUGAUAUUAGUAAUGAGGCUAUGGAUGCAGUAUUUCGUCAAAUACAGAAGGAUCGGAAACUUGGCCCUGCAUUUGUGAGGGCUCGUUGGCCUGCAGUUGACAAGUUAUUAGGUUCUAAUGGGCAUAUUACUAUGUUGGAGUUAUGUCAGGCACCACCUGUUGAGCGUUAUUUGCACGAUUUACUUCAAUAUGCAUUGGGUGUUCUGCACAUUGUAACACUGGUACCUUACAGCCGCAAACUGAUUGUGAAUGCCACAUUAAGCAAUGAUCGUGUAGGUAUAGCAGUCAUUUUGGAUGCGGCUAAUGGCAUUGGCUACGUUGACCAUGAGAUAAUUCAACCAGCAUUGAAUGUGUUGGUGAAUCUUGUUUGCCCUCCUCCUUCAAUCAGCAAUAAACCACCUCUUGUUACACAAGGUCAGCAGUCUGCUUCUGUCCAAACUUCAAAUGGUCCUCCUGUGGAGACUAGAAAUGCGGAACGGAAUAUCUCAGAUCGAGUUGUUAACAUGCCGAUACAAAAUGAGCCGCGAGAGCGGAUUGGGGACUCUAGUGUGGCAGAUCGAGGUAGCACAGCAGUACUUGGUACCUCUUCUGUCAGUAACAUUUUGCAAACAGCUGCUCCAACUGUUACUUCGGGAUUAGUUGGAGAUCGUAGAAUAUCUUUAGGUGCUGGAGCAGGCUGUGCUGGCCUUGCCGCACAAGUGGAACAAGGAUACCGUCAAGCAAGGGAGGCCGUACGUGCCAACAAUGGUAUAAAAGUUCUGCUUCAGCUCUUCCAACCACGCAUAGUCACACCUCCUGCUGCCCUUGACUGUCUUCGCGCUCUUGCAUGUCGUGUCCUGCUUGGUUUAGCUAGAGAUGAUGCGAUUGCACAUAUAUUGACAAAGCUUCAGGUUGGGAAAAAGCUAUCCGAACUAAUUCGAGAUUCAGGCAGCCAGACUCCUGGAAGUGAGCAGGGCAGGUGGCAAGCUGAACUUGUUCAGGUGGCAAUUGAGCUAAUUGCGAUCGUAACUAAUUCUGGGCGAGCAAGUACAUUAGCAGCUACUGAUGCUGCUACUCCUACUCUAAGGCGUAUUGAGAGAGCUGCAAUAGCUGCUGCCACUCCUAUUACUUAUCAUUCCAGGGAACUUCUACUUCUUAUCCACGAACACCUACAGGCAUCUGGUUUGGCAACGGCUGCGGCAACACUUCUACAAGAGGCCCAGUUGACUCCUCUGCCAUCUUUGGCAGCCCCAUCAUCUCUAAUGCAUCAACCCUCUGGACAGGAAACCCAGUCAAUACAAAUUCAAUGGCCACUACGUACCCCAGGUGGAUUUUUCUCCAAUAAAUCUAAACUUAAUACGCGAGAUGAUGAUUCCAGCUUGAAGCGUGAUUCAGUUGCGUCAUCAAAGAAGAAACCACUAGCUUUCGCAUCUACCCUAAAUCACCUGCACUCAAGCAGCAUGACGAACAGUACUUCAAAAAAGUCCUCCGCACCUGCUGGCACACCAGAAACUCCUUCAGUAUGUGCAUUGAAACCUAAUUUGGAUGCAGACACUCAGUUUAAAACUCCAAUUGUAUUGCCAAUGAAACGCAAGUUAACAGAUCUGAAGGACACUGGGUCGUUAUCAGGUAAGCGACUCAACACGGGGGAGCAUGGACUUCGAUCUCCAGUUUGUCCAACACCUAACUCCAUCCGUAAAGGCUGCCUAGUGACCGAUGCUAAUUUGCUUUCCACACCUAGUUCUAUUGUCAAAGAUCAUUUUGGGCGGCUGGUAACAAAUAGUUCUUUAGCUGAUAAUUUGGAUGAUAACCAGUACAGUAACACUCAUAUGGCUCAGAUGACACCUUCAUUCCAGCUUGGACUUCUUAAUGAUUCACAACCUACCAUCACAGAAAGGUUAACCUUGGAUUCUCUAGUUGUCCAGUAUCUGAAACACCAGCAUCGACAGUGCCCAGCUCCUAUUACCACAUUGCCUCCACUCUCUCUAUUGCAGCCACAUGUCUGUCCAGAACCAAGACGAAGCCUUGAUGCCCCGUCGAAUGUGACAGCCCGACUUAGUACACGUGAGUUUAGGAGCAUGUAUGGUGGGAUUCAUGGAAGUCGUAGGGAUCGCCAAUUUGUUUACAGCAGAUUCAGACCGUGGCGAACUUGCCGGGAUGAUGGUGGUGCUCCUUUGACAUGCAUAACUUUCCUUGGAGAUUCCUCUCAGAUUGCUGCUGGCAGCCAUUCUGGAGAGCUCAAAAUUUUUGACUCCAACAGCAGCAAUGUGCUGGAGAGCUACACUGGCCUCCAGUCUCCCUUGACAAUUGUUCAGUCGUAUCUUUCUGGAGAGACCCAGUUGGUUCUCUCUUCGAGUGCUCAUGAUGUACGUCUAUGGGAUGCAUCUUCAGUUUCAAUUGGGCCUAGGCAUUCAUUUGAAGGGUGCAAGGCUGCACGGUUUAGCAAUUCUGGGACCACCUUUGCAGCACUUUCAUCAGAGCAAUCCCGACGUGAAAUUCUUUUAUAUGACAUCCAAACAUGCCAUUUGGAUCUGAAGCUGACAGACACAUCUGCCAGUCCUUCAAGCCGGGGUCACUUGUAUUCCCUCGUUCAAUUUAGCCCUUCAGAUAAUAUGUUGCUGUGGAAUGGAGUGUUAUGGGAUCGACGGGGUUCAGGCCCUGUCCAUCGCUUUGAUCAAUUUACAGACUACGGGGGUGGUGGCUUUCAUCCUGCUGGGAAUGAGGUAAUUAUAAACUCUGAGAUUUGGGAUCUUCGGAAGUUUAGGCUCCUCCAAAGUGUUCCUUCCUUGGACCAGACGGUAAUAACAUUUAAUGCCAGUGGGGAUGUAAUAUAUGCUAUUCUAAGAAGAAACCUUGAAGACAUUACUUCGGCAUUUAACACCCGGCGUGUUAAGCAUCCCCUCUUUAAUGCUUUCCGCACGGUAGAUGCUGUCAACUACACUGACAUCGCCACUACUUCUGUAGAACGUUGUGUCCUUGACCUUGCAACAGAACCUACUGAUUCCUUUAUUGGGUUGGUCUCAAUGGAUGACCAAGAAGAGAUGUAUUCUUCAGCUAGGGUUUAUGAAAUUGGUCGACGGAGGCCUACAGAUGAUGACUCCGAUCCUGACGAUGCUGAGAGUGAAGAAGAAGACGAAGAUGAUGAGGAUGUGGAUGAGGACCCAAUACCAGACCUUGAUAUGGAUGGUGAUAGUGAUGCUGAUGAUAUGAGCAAUGAUGAUAGUGUGAGCGAUCUAGAUGAUGACGAUGAGGAUGAAGAUGCUGAUUUUAUCAUCGAUGAUGUAGACUUCGGUGGUGGAGCUGGAAUAUUGGAGUUCAUGACCGAGGGUGACGAGGAUGAUGACAGUGGGAUAGUUGAAUCUCUCAGUAGUGGGGAUGAGGAUGAUUUUGUUGGCAAUGGUUUUGGCUUCUAAAUGUUAUACAGUUAUAUGAAUGGCAGAUAUUGUAUUUAUAGUAUUUGUAGAUGUAAUUAUGUUUAUGGGUCUUAGGGAGAGGAAGAGGGAUGAUUCUUUUAAUUUGAGGAAAGUGAAUUGUCAGAUCAAAAUUUACUUUUUAGGGUUUCUUUUUUUCCCCACUCAAUUACUGGGUUCAAGAAACUUGUGAAUACCGAUUUGAAUGAAAAUUUUGAAUUGGCUCAGAUUUUUCCUUA